CUAAUGUAAUCACGUUUGAAUUUCGUAUUCUCAGCAAACUGGAACUGUAACGUUCAGCCAUGGCACCCAAAUAUGACGGCUUGUCCCACUGUAAGCUGGCCCUGGUGUUUGCUAUCCUCAUGGACCUGCUGGGUGUGAUAUCCCUGCUGCUGGGGGUCUUUGCUCCACUAGAGAUCCAAGGUCGAGACUUUGGAGAUUUGCUGGUGUACACAGGAGCCCUGCUGGUGCUGUUUUCCCUGGCUGGCUGGGUCAUGUGGUACAGUGGGAACAUUGAGGGUCUGACCUCCAGAAAGGAGUUGGGGGGAGCUGUUGGUGGAGCUGUGGACCGCCUUGCCCGCUCCCUGAGCCGCAGGAUACGACUCCCCAGGACUCAAAGCAGCCCAACAUAGAAGGUGGAGCCUGAAAUGACUGACUAAUUAACUGACUUAAGACUGUUACAGGCUGUCCUUAACAUACAGCAUGCCAAACUGCCUUGGGCAGGUAACUACUUGUUCUCAUUCUCUUCACAAGCACUUUUGUGGAAUUAACUGACACCUUGCUGACCUGGGGAAAAUGUUUGUGUUUUCAUAAGAAAUAACAGAAGAAUUUGUAUCCUUUUCUUGAGAAGUUGUAUGUGGACUGCACAAAUGCCAGUAAUGUAAUAUGAACUACUAUAAUUUACAAUAUGAACAUUAAAAAGAUAAAUCUACUGUA